GUGCGGCCCUUCCGGGGACAGUCCCGCCCCGUCCCGCCGGCUCCCCGCCGCCGCGGCUGCCCAUGGAGGCCGAGGCCGAGGCGCGGCUCCUCUUGCAGGAGGCUCGGGAGAGCAUCGAGGCGGCGCGAAGCUACCGGCGGGAGCUGGAGCUGAGGCUGCGGGGGCUGCACCAGGCGCGGCAGCAGAUCAGAGAAAGUGCCACAUUGACCAGAGAUGUACUUGAGCAACAUUUUAAUGAUUUGAAAGGGACCCUAAGGAAGCUGUUGGAUGAGCGACUGAUGUCAUUGCUGCAGGAAGUGGAUGUUAUAGAACAAGACAGCAUCAAACCCUUGGAUGAGUGCCAGAAGCUAAUAGAGCAUGGAGUCAGCACAGCUGAUGAUCUGCUCCGGGAAGGAGAGAGUGCAGUCCAUGGAGAUGUGGGACAACAGAAUGAAAAACUUUGCAGCUUUACAAAAAAAGCUUUACAUAUUCAGCUAGAUAGCUUGCCAGAAGUGCCCUCCUUGGUUGAUGUGCCUUGUUUAUCUGCCCAGCUGGAUGACUGCCUUCUUACUAUCCUGAGAAAUCAAAUAUUCAGACAUGGAACUGUGGCAUCUCGCCCACCUGUACAGCUGGAGGAAUUUGUGGAGAAGCCUGGUGGUAUUUUGGUCCGAUGGUGUAAGGUGGAUGAUGACUUUAUACCCCAAGAUUACAGACUGCAGUAUCGUAAGAGUAGUGCCAGUCACUUUGAAGAUGUCUAUGUUGGCUCAGAGACAGAGUUCAUAGUGCUGCACAUAGAUCCAAAUGUUGAUUACCAGUUCAGAGUCUGUGCCCGAGGAGAUGGACGGCAGGAGUGGAGCCCCUGGAGUGUUCCUCAGAUGGGUCGGACCACCCUGGUUCCCCACGAAUGGACAACUGGUUUGGAGGGUUACAGCUUGAGCAGUCGAAGAAACAUAGCCCUAAGGAAUGAUUCUCAGUCGUGUGGUGUGCUCUACUCCAAAGCUCCUACUUAUUUUUGUGGACAGACAUUAACGUUCAGAAUUGAAACUGUGGGACAGCCAGACAGACGAGACAGCCUGGGAGUGUGUGUGGAGCAGUGGAACGGAUACGAUUCUUUGCAGAGGGAUAAAGCUGUGUGCAUCAGCACAAAUGGGGCAGUAUUUGUAAAUGGAAAGGAGAUGACAAACCAACUGCCUGCUGUCACUUCUGGAUCAACUGUGACGUUUGACAUGGAAGUGGUGCAGUUAGGGCCUUGCAGCACUGAGGGAGGAAACUUCAAGAUUAGAGUAACCAUUAGCUCUAACAACAGAGAAGUGGUCUUUGACUGGGCACUCGACCAGUGCUGUGUCUCUUUGUAUUUUGGAUGUUCAUUUUUAUACCCAGGCUGGAAAGUUUUGGUGUUCUAGCAGUAAGUAAAGGGAUUUUUGUUCUUGCUGUAAAAUCAUAAUGCUAAAACCUGGGUUUCCAGCUGUUUGACAUCAACAACCUGUUAACAGAAAUCUUUUUUGUACUACUUGAACUCUACAAUGUUGUACUUCCUACUGGAUUCAUUUCAAAAAAAUAAUUGUGAAACAUUGGAUUUGUUACUCUGGAAAAAGUUAGAAACAGGCAUCUGCAUAGGCAAAUAAGUUCAAGCAGGCCAAAAGGCCUUUCCCUUUUUUCCUUCAGGCUUGAUUUUUGUCAGUAUUUCAUUGUACUCUAGUCUCAGGGUACAUGUGUGUUGUGUGGAAUUAACUUUGCUUAAUGCUGCUGUUCUGUGAAAUAAGCCUGUUAGGGGGGUGGAGGAGUGGUAAUGGACCAAAGUUUUAUUUAUACCACUCCUAAAAGAGCAAAGUAUUUAGAGCAGUGAUGUCCUGCUGUGCUUUCUUGUCCCCAGUGCUGCCUGAGCUGUAUGAAUGGACAGUGGGUUCUGCACACAAAGCUUCCCCUCACGGUACUGUUCAUUCCUCCAGAGCAAGGAUGUCUGAGCCAUAAUGUCUGGUUAAAGAUGUAGCUGGUCUGUCCAUGUCUCACCUAAGUGCCUUAUUACCAGAUAUUUCUUCCAGCUGUUUUCUGUCUUGUCACUUGGAAUGUAUUUUCUAGAGUAGUUGCACAGUGAUGCUUACAGCAGCGUAAGGCGGACGCUCGCCCCAGCCCAGGCCCAUCCCUGGAGCAGGAGUUUUCCUCAUCUGUUCCCAGUGGCUUCCCUGGAUCCCAUGUACCAUGAGCCUGCCUCCCAGCAAGUCUGAGCAUUCAGGACUGAGGCACAACAAGCAGAUGGCAGCUGCCAUUCCUCACAGAGUCCUCCUGAGACUUACAGACAAUCUUCCUCCUGUUGUCCAGCAGAAAACAGGGAACUGCUGUUCUGAUGUGCAGGAUUCCUGGGAAUCCCAGUGUGGUUCCUAGAGAGGAGCACAGGUGUGGUUCCAGCAUGGGGAGGGACUGGGCCACCCCCACAAGGUGGGGAUGCUGCUGGAGAUCCACCCUGGGAGGUGGGCUUUGAGUUUGGGCUCAAGGCAGACCCUGCAGGCACAGAUUUACCCCAUGGAAGUCAAAAUGCAGCAGAUGGGGGCAAUUGAGCUCUGCUCCAGCAAGGUGAAUGGGGUAAAAAGUUAGGAUUAAUUAAUUGACCUUGAAUUCACAAGUUGUGCAAAGUUACCACUAUUUCCAGUAAGGAGCAACUAAGAUUUAGAAAGAGCUCAGCACAGAGAGCCUGUGCCUUAUUAAAGAUUGUAAUACUACUGGAUUUAAAGAAUAUUUUAAAGGAAUGCUCACUGAGGGCCUUAAAAGGGGCAUUCUUAGAUCAAGGUCAAUUAAAAUUAAAUAUAUUUUAGCAGAUUAGAAUAGCAGUAUUUUUAUAAAACCUAGACAAUCAUUCUGCCCCUUUUCCCUCAGUGUCAGCAUAGUAUAUUUAACCUUCUAUGCCAGCAUAAAAAGGGUAUUGGAUUAAUAUCCCCCAUACUCACAUGGGUCAUAGAAACAGAUGUCACCUGCCUGCAUUUUUUUUCCUCAAGCAUCUGCAGUUGGGGUUCUUGAACUUCAGAAGAGGAGAAUGGUGGUUGAGACAUUAUUUAAAAAAAAAUUAGUAGAUUCAGAUGAAUGCAGAAUAGUUGCACAUUUUAGUAAGGUGGGAAUUUACUGUAAAACAUGAAGUGAGGAAGACUGGAUGCCUGCAGGUAACAUAAUCCAGUGUUAGCAACAGAAAGCCUGCAGGGUUCUGUUUUUCAAGCUUAACUAUUUCAUUAGUAGGGAGAGAAUACUUGCUUAUCCUGUACUUUCAAGUGUUCCAUUGAAUUAUCCUGUGAAGAAUAUUUUCAAUACUUUAAAAAUAGUUAUUUUCCUAUAGCCAAGAAGGUAGAGAUGAUCAAACAGUAUCAGUCCUGUUUAGAGAAGGUCAGGCUGGCACUCCAGUGAACAACUGACUUAAGUCUUGCUCCCUGGAGUAGUGCUGGUAAUUUUACACACUUCAGGUGUCAGGUACUUGCUGUAACUUAAUCCUUUUUCCAUAUGGAAGCUAAACUUGUGAAUACCAACACUUCUGAGGUACCAACAGGUCAGGUACCUUUACAUGUGCUUCAGAGGGGCUUUGCCUGCCUGUUGAUCCUGCAGAACUUACACUUGCAUAUUAGAAAAUAAAGUUUAAGCCUUGAAUUCAGGUACUCCAAGGAUGGUAAAGCCUCAGCAGUGCAGAAGAUACAAAGCAGCUUCAGAUGACUGUGAAGGGCCACAGGAGGCCCCUAUGGCUCCCCCUGAGCUGAGGAUAGCCAGAGAAGUCUUGAGUUUUGUGGUGAAAAAGGGCAACUUGCCACUCCUGGGUUGUUGUUUUGGUAUUUUAUGGGUUGGUUAUUUUUUUAGUUUUAUUUUAAAGCUUAAGCCUGGCUGUCUAGAACACAAAUUAGGUACUGUCCAGCCACCUCUUGGAGCUGCACCUUUUCAACCUGGGAGGGGUGAAGUCUCAGGGCAAGAGACCUGAGUAAUAAAGUAACAAAAUAUGCAAAGAAUCAGGAGAGGCUUGAAUAAAGAGGUUGAAAUUCUGUUCUUCCACAGCAGUUUAUCUAGAUAGAAAACUUGACACUUCCUUUACAAUUUUUCACCUCUGUGUAUUGGAGCCUUGCAAGCAACAGAAAGUUAACUGCUUAUGAAGUCCAGUCCUGAAAGUUUUCUUAAGCUAGUGCAUUCACUUACCUCAACUAAGACUUAUGUGUCA